GUGCCGUCGUUUGUCGUGUGUGCAUGGAAAAAGUGGAAAAAAUGACGACGAUCUAGCAAUUUAGGCGUUUUAUUCGCAGUAUUCUACCAAUUGGAAGCAUAAAUUAUAACUGUUACUAGUGUGUUAACUGUGCAUUUAGUAAAGCUAAUAGCUAGAGAAGGUUUUAGUGUUAAUUUCACGUUUUGUGAUUCUCGGAGGUAAAGGAGUUCGUAAGCACCAUGUCCUCAUCAGCAAUUUUCAUUCUGGACGCCAAAGGGAAGGUGUUGAUAUCCCGAAAUUACCGUGGCCACAUCGACAUGGGCGUAAUCGACAAGUUUAUGCCACUUUUGAUGGAGAAGGAGGAAGAAGGUCUGAUAACGCCGAUUCUGCAGACUCCGGAAUGCACUUUUGCGUACGUCAAAACCAACAAUCUGUACUUAGUGUCCGUAACAAGAAGCAAUGCCAACAUUGCGCUGGUGUUUGUGUUUCUACACAAAGUUGUUCAGGUUUUCACGGAAUAUUUCAAAGAACUAGAGGAGGAAAGUAUCCGCGAUAACUUUGUCGUGAUCUACGAGUUGAUGGAUGAGCUGAUUGAUUUCGGCUACCCACAAACCACAGACAGCAAGAUCCUUCAGGAAUACAUCACCCAGGAGGGUCACAAACUGGAGAUACAACCCCGGAUUCCGAUGGCCGUGACGAAUGCCGUUUCGUGGCGUUCCGAAGGCAUCAAGUAUAGGAAAAACGAAGUGUUCCUGGAUGUGAUCGAAAGCGUCAACCUGUUGGCCAACGCCAAUGGAAACGUGCUCCGGAGUGAAAUUGUGGGCGCCAUCAAAAUGCGCGUCUACUUGUCCGGAAUGCCUGAGCUCCGGCUCGGAUUGAAUGAUAAAGUUCUGUUCGAAAGCACCGGUAGGGGUAAAUCAAAGUCGGUGGAACUGGAGGACGUGAAAUUCCACCAGUGCGUGCGAUUGUCCCGCUUCGAAAAUGAUCGCACCAUUUCAUUCAUUCCACCGGAUGGCGAGUUUGAGCUGAUGUCCUAUCGUUUGAACACCCACGUGAAACCUUUGAUCUGGAUCGAAUCGGUAAUAGAACGGCACGCCCACAGUCGGGUGGAGUACAUGAUCAAGGCCAAGUCGCAGUUCAAGCGCCGUUCGACGGCCAACAACGUGGAAAUAGUCAUUCCGGUGCCGGCUGAUGCCGAUUCGCCCAAGUUUAAGACCACCAUUGGAAGCGUCAAGUACGCCCCGGAGCAGAAUGCCAUCACCUGGACCAUCAAGUCGUUCCCGGGUGGAAAGGAGUAUCUGAUGAGAGCCCACUUCGGACUUCCCAGUGUCGAGUGCGAGGACUCGGAAGGCAAACCUCCAAUUCAGGUCAAGUUUGAGAUUCCGUACUUCACCACGUCCGGAAUUCAGGUUCGUUAUCUGAAGAUCAUCGAGAAGAGUGGUUAUCAAGCAUUGCCAUGGGUGCGCUACAUUACCCAGAACGGAGACUACCAGCUGAGAACGAACUAAGCAAAGCAUUCUUCAUUAACCCUUACAUAGCCAGACACAUAUAUGAAAGAAAAAAAAAUCUUCGCUCUAGAUGACCCCGAGUAUAGUAGCAUGUCUGUGCAAAAAUGGCAGGUUGAUCGUUGUAGAAAUUCAUUUUUAGUAAAUUUAUAAGUGCAAAAUUAAAAAAAAAGUAUGCGACAUGAAGCAGCAAUUAAGAAACAUCAAAAUAUAUGAUCAGUGACACAUUUUCCAUUAGAGGAGAAAAGUUUAGUAUUUUCCAUGGUUAGGUUGUGUUUUCGUUUUAUUUCAAGUCUUACGUUUCCUGCGAUUGUAAAACAAACAGCGGCUUUAUAUAUUUAACAUGAACAGCUAGUAGGUGAGGAACAGUUAACAUGAAAAAUGCAAACAAAAGAAGCAAACCAUUCAAUCGGAUGAAGUAUUAUGAACAUUUUGAAAAUUCUACUUACAUUUAUUUUAUUGUGUUUAAUUAAAUAAUAGACCUCGAUUCAUAUUUCACCAAA